AUCCAAUAGCAACACAUCCAGCAUCCCGGCUAUACAAGUAACACACAGACUACCAGGCGUCGCAAUCUUUCUAACCAAUAUACACAUUGGAUCUGGGUUCAUAAUGUACGACAUACAUGAACAAGGAUUCUCAAUCUUACACCAUACGGUGAUUUUUUUCAACAUUUCAGUGUUUGAAGUUUAAAUAUAAUAUUCAUGAUGAUAUCUGCUGGAAUUCAUUGUCGUUUCUGCUGCCAAACGAGUGGUCCUAAGUACAGGAUACUAGCUGAUUACUACGCAGCUUCAGAGCUCAGGACAGCUUCCUUUCCCAAUUCAACCUUGGAUUUCACAGAAAAUCGAGCAACACAACAAACCCUGUGAUAUCGUAUUUCUCAACAUCUAACAUCAAUGGACAAAAUCACUUGUUCAGUGUUAGGAUAUAAUUACCCAAGAGGAAGUGUUAUGGAGGAAAUGGUGUGUUAGAAAUCGUCAGUGAAAUGGCAAAAUCCAAAAGUGGAUUUCAGUUUUUUACAAAACUUUAAUGAAGUCAGUGUCUUAAAGUCACUGAAUACUGAUUAAAUAGUGAUCACAGCGGAUUUCAAAUAACUCCAUAGAAUUAAUGCUUACUAAAAGACAACAAAUACAUGUUGAUUGCCUGUAGGCACUACAAUUAGGUGGAAUCAUGUGUUGAAAUCAUUUGAAAUCUGUCAUUAUCUCUUGAAAACCAUAUUGUACCAUUGUUGUCGGAUAAGUGAUAUACUACAUUACAAUGGGCCGUUCAGCGGGUCGUAAAGACUCCAGGAGACAUGAUCACAAAUCGCCGGGUGCUUCCCAUUUCUCAUCACAAGACGUGUGGUGUGUUUUCAGACUGAGGGGCGGGGAUCGCCAUUCAGACAAGCAACGAAGAUCGUGUUGUGACAAAGCUACGGGUGUGUGCGAGAAGGAUUUGUCACCGCGGCGUUGUCGGCAGAGAAAAAGAAAACAUAUCGAAGACAAACUGGGCGAAUUUUCUGAUGACAAAGAGGACAUCUACAUAACUGCUGGGGAAUUGUCUGAUAUGGAUGACAGUUCGGAAGAUAACAGUUACACCUCAUAUACCAGUGAUGCCACCAUGGACCAAAUGGAGCUAGCAGAACAGUUAGCCCUGGUCCAGGAAAUGGUACAGGAAAUGAAGACAGGCUUUGCCACGGCCAUGGAAGAGCUAGCCAACAUCCAGUUUGGGGACCAAACCUUACAACAACAAAUGGUCACAGAUAGGUCAGAAAACAAGCAGAGGACCGUGGAACUGACCGAGGCAGUACAGUCUUUAAAGACUGAAAUAGAGAAUCUGUCUGGUCAGUUAAAGGGUGUGUCAGAAGCUCAAAGGUCACUGGAGGCCAAAGUGGACAAUGUCAAACCGUUUGACAAAGAGGCAUUCCUGGAGGAAUUACAAAACAUGGGAAUCGUCACUGACCAGGCCAGAUACCAGGUACAGACAGAUAAAAGGGGCAGUGAUCUCCAACCCAAGGAUGUGUCCCCUCUAGUCCACCCUUACCUCGCCAGCCUCACACAGGACAAAGGUGAAGACUCCGAUGCCCAGUCAGUGACGGCCCUGGCUUGUAAAAGUCUAAACCUGUCGCAGGCUUUACACGAGAAGUGCUUACAUCUCGAUUUGUCUGCCUCCAGUGAUGAUGACGACACAAUACGCCAUGCCCAGAAUGCAAGACUGGGGUUACUCACUGCAGACAAUGGUCACCUUUCCGAGGCCAAAGCACACUUUUCUAAGAAAAUCCCUCCUCAUGAAAAAGUGCUGGAAGAAGUUCAGAGGGAGAAGUGUGCCCAGGAGGCCAUUAGUGCCGAGAGGUCGUACUGCUCACAGUUAUGGACCCUAAUUGAUGCCGUUAUCAGGCCCAUCCGCCAGGAGGAGCUCAUGACACAGAGAGAUCUCAGCACCGUCUUUCCAUCCUACCUUCCACAUCUCUACGAACAGCACUGCAUCAUGCUUCGAAAGAUGGAGGAACGGAUGCUCAAGUGGAAAUACACAGGCCUUAUCGGGGAUGUGUUUGUAAAGUUUACAGAUGCACAAGAGGGGGAGGGUCUGUCUGUCUACAAGGACUACAUCAAUGAUUUCCCAACCGUGAUCAGUAACAUCAACUACUGGUUCACACAGUCGACUCGCUUCAGAGAUAUCAUGGGGAGCUCCAGCUUAGCUACCUCCAGUGUGAUUCCUCUGCUGUUGGCUCCCCUUCAACAGAUUCCAAAAUACUCACUUCUCAUCAAAAACAUGCUCAAACACACUGGACCUGACCAUCCAGACCGAUAUUACCUAGACACUGCUCUAACUCGGCUCAAGAGUUUCCUCGGCAUGAUGAACAAUGACCUUGAGCAUGCCAUGCAGUUCAUGAAUGUCAACAAGGUUCCAAUGGAUCGGUCCCGUGACUAUGGAAAUUCCAUACGAUCUCGUUCGAGUGGCAGUAGUUGCGAAGCAAACCAAGUGUCCAGUGCUAGAGACAGUGGUAUACAUUCCAACGGGGAAGAUAACUUACUCCGACAGCCUGCCUCUCCGAACACGACAAGGAGGUAUGUCUUGCAGGUGUUACGAGAUCGCCGUGAGAGAGAGGCUGCAGAUAGUCUGAAUGAAAUAAGAGAGAGACCAAGAUCGGCAAUCCCUGUUCGUGCCCACACUUUAGGGUACGGAAGCCACCCUGACCUUACAACACAUGAACUCACAGAGUUUGUGGGAGGAGGAACCCGAGACCUACCAUCAUAUGCGCCAUACCAAUCUGCAAACAAAAUGUACUCAUCGAUGACCAAAAUUCAGCAGACACGAGAUCCACCCAAAAGUCCCGAGAAACCUCCUCGUAAGAUCAAGAUCAGGAGGAGACCAGACAGUCAGAAAAGUUCUGUAAGCUCUAAUUCAAACUACUUGAGGCCGUUGACACCUCACCUACCAUAUAACAGUACACCUAGACAGGACACUUUCAAUGAAACUGACAUUCCACGCUCUCAUGCUGCAAGCAGAAGACUGCGAACAAAUCGACCAGCUUCAUCUAUAGAUUUCACUGGUGGUGAGUCAGAAAGAAGAAAUAGAAUGAUGGAACAGGUCUCUUUUCAUCCCCCACAGUUAAGUACCCCAAGGGAACACAAGAGUGAUGGAAAAAGUCGCAGUGAACUUCAUCUGUCCCUUCAACGUCUCAUGGCAGAGCGAGAUCGUUCCGAUGCGCUGGAAAAUGAUCGGUAUGAUAGGUCUUCAAACCACUUUCAACCACUAGAUGUCAGUUCUGUUCACUCAUCUGAGGCAAGAGAAAGUUAUCACCAACACAAUCACAGGAACGCAAACUAUGGGCAGGAAGUACAACAGCAAGAGGAGGAUUAUGGGAUAUUUGGGGAUGACGAUGAGGAGGAAAGCUAUCAACAAAGUCCUCGUGACAUUGUGACAUCACAAAAGUCAAGGUCUCUAGACACAAAUGCAAUGAGAAAUGAUAUGAACUUUGUUUCAACAGACAGUGGCCUACAUUUAUCCCGACAGAGGGAUGUAGCUCCCAAGGGGAUGAGUGGGGAACAACUGGCAGCAUCGUUGGCCCUAAGUCUUGGUGAUCAGAUUUCUACAGAGGAGGAGGAUUCUAACUCCAGUCAUGACCAUGUACACCUGGUCCCUCAUGGUCGACAAGGAUCAGUGAAUAUGUUAUCAAACUCAGAAGUUAGCAGUAAGGAACAGUUAGAUGAGACACCUCGGGCAGCAGAAAGGGUGGAUAUGUCAAACAGGAGUCAGCGACUAGAGCCAAGGAAACCUGCAAGGGGAGUUAACUCUGUAAAACUGGGUCAGGUACUGAAUAGUUAUGAGCAAGGGGAGUUGGUGGGCGACAGUGUAAUCCAUGUUAUCAAUGACAAUAGUGAUGACCCUCGCCACUCUCAUCCCAGUGGUCUGCCAAUCGACUUGCAGACUGAUAGUAUCAACACAAGUAGUAGUAAUACAUUAGAUCGAGCUAGAAAAUAUGUUGUUCCUGCUGAAAAACCAUCAGAGGAUGACAUACCAAAACAACAAAUACCUACUAAGUUACGAACAAGUUUCUCAGAUAUAAACAGAAAUGAAUUGAAAGUAAGUAGUGUUGAUAGCAAUAAUGCUGUAAAGCGAACCUCAUUACCAGUGGCCCAACAGUCUCAACGAAACAGUCUGUCUCCUAAUAAUGCCGAGAACACUCACAUUCCUACCAUAAGAGGUCGUCGUGGGUCAGCCAGUGUGGAGAGAGCGCCCAAGAAGCUACCAGUGGUGUUGGGAAGACUCAGUCAGCCGAAUCUCGAACAGAUGACAGCGGGGACCAAGUUUCCGUCCCCUCCAGUUAGCCCCACAAAGAUGACAGCUAAAGACACAAAGAUUCCUCUUUAUACGCCAAACCGGGUGAAGAAGGACAGGGCUCCAAUGUCCCCAAGAGACCCUAUGUCAAAAUCAAGUGAGGACAUUUCCAAGCUAAAGAAAAAGCCAGGUACUGCUUUCAAACAGUCCAUCAAGAACUUCUUCGGGAGAAAGAGGAAGAAGGCCAAGUAUGAGUUUCAGGACAUUGACAAUUUUACAGAUAUUAACACAUGUCAGGAUGACGAGGUUCAGAUCCAGGUUAUACGUGACGCAGAUGAGGAUGACGCUGAGUACAGCGAAGAGAACAUUCAAAUAGCAACAAAUUUCUUCCCAGCAACAUCAUCAUCGCAUGAUCCUGAUCAUUCCUACGACUUUGAAGAAUCGACUAGUAGUACAGUCUGAUGGAACAGUGUCAGAACAACGAGUUCUGUCAGUAGUCAGGUGUAAUGGGAUUAAUAUUCCUUGGCAGAGGAAUUUCUGUAUUUUGUAAUGAACUUUGAACUGUUGAAGAAUUGUGGUCAGAAUUGAUUUCCAAGGACUGUGUCUUGCGAGGAUGUACAUUUGUCUCUCAUAGACCACAACCUAAACAAAGUGCUAGUCAUACAGACUUUGUCCGACAAGGAGCACACUUUCGUAUGGAAAUACAUUACCCAUAAAAAUAUUCCUCAGGUACAUUAAAUUUCGCAGAUAGUAAUGCAAAUAUCAUGAGAUCGGUUUUCUCACUUUAUGAUAUUAUCUUACAGGUUUUCUAAAACUCAAAGAUAUAGAUGUACCUUGAAUAUGGAUGUGAUGACCAGGCACCAUUACUGCUUUUGUUAGGCUGAAAUAAUUAUGAUUAUCAAUCAGUCAAGAAACUUGGGUAUGAUUUAGAGUGUCUGUACUUGUUCACAAACACAGUGACUAACUUUUCUCCUAUUGACCAUUUUUACACAAAAGGCCAGUUUCAUAUCGUAAGUUAUGGACCAGAAGUAACACAAAACAAUGUGAUUCUCUUCUUUUCUUUCUUGAAACUGAUUUAAAAAUCGAUUUUUUAUCAACAACUCAAAUGAUACAAAUCAUAUAUCAUUUCUCAUGUUUGAGCGCUCUACAUUUAAUGUUCAUUAAAUAUUUGGAUAUUCGGAGCCGCUUAUGCUAUUCACCCACCCCCACCCCCAUCCCCCAACCCCCACCCCCUCCUUUUUUGUCAUAUUAAAUGCCUCUACAGACUAGUGUUAGUGAAUCGACCGCCUGGCUGUGUACACUGUGUACAACUUUGGUUGACAAUGUAACAUGUUUUCGACAUCACAAUUCUAUUGGUGAUCAUACCUAACAUUACAAUUCCGUAACAACAAUAUUAUGACACGACUUUCGAUCCUCCCAACCCACUGCUAUUGGAUUAAGCAUCCCCAUCUUUGAGUUUCGUAAACACUUGAGGAAAUAUCUUACUUUCAAGGAUGGACAUAGGGUAGCACUGCUUUUUUUCUCUGGUGCGUUUGGAAGGUAUCAGUGUUAAAAAUGCCACCUAGUGUUAUUUUUAGGUUAUUCAAUUUUCCAAAGCCGAACAAAAUAAUGCAUACUCUGUUAUUUUAUUAAUGGAGCAUUGUAACAAAAUAGUUUGGAUAUGUUAACAUGAGGUAUUUAGCAUAAUUAGUAUAAUAAAACAUAUUUUUAUGUAAAAUGUGUAAACUACGUUCUUUAUUAUACAAGUGUACAAACGUAGCUGCUAAUGCUCCGCAGUGACACGCUACACUCUUUCCCUUAAUGACCGUACUUUUUCUCAUAACACUGUCUAAUAACAGUGUACGUGAGGGCAUCGUCGCUUUAUUGACUAUAUGAUCAUAGUCUUCCCUUUCCCAGUCGUUGUGAUCUUUGAAUGCGAGCUUGGUAAUUGCAUAAUGUAAUAAAACGUAUAUGAUGUGGCAUUGAUAUAAUAUGAAACUGCCCAAGGUUACCAUGGUGAAACCAUUAGCUUUGUUAAUCUAUUGUUAAGCCAUCGUUUACCACCUCUAAACACCCAGGGUGAAUGUCUCAUCGCUAUAUAAUUAAUGACGGAAUUCCAUUUCAGCGUUACGCUUUCAUUACUUUAUUGAAGCUCCAUCUGAAAUACAACAUAUAACUUUUUAUUGGCGAUAGGUAUUGCUGAAAAACACGCACUUGCAUACUUGAAUGUCUUUAAUGACUAUUUACCCUAUGUUAGAAAUUCUAUUUCGAACCUUAUCCUGUUUAAAAAUCUGUUGAAACCCAAACUGUUGGUUGAAAGAUAUUGAAUAUUUAGACAUAUUUUCAGCGAACACAUUUUUAAUACAUACUUGACUAGAUAAAAUUUACAUAUUUUCUGAAAAUUAUUUUAUAAUUUGUAGGGACCGUUUAAAUCGUAAACAUUAAAAACAACAUUUAUACAAUGGUUACACAUGUGUCUUUGUAAUAGUUACAUUAUGUGCCUUAUGAUGAGACAAGGUCCGCACAAAUGUCAAACUAUCGCGAAUUACACAUUCUAUAUUUUAUAUUCCUUUUAAUUUUUCUAUACAGAGAAAACAUGUUGGACCUGAAUUGUAGUAUAUAUAUAUUGUAAUGUGUCAUAAACACAUUUUAUUAUGGAAUAGAUUGUUACUUUGGAACGAAUAUGGAGAAAACUGUUUGUGCCAACAUUUUAAUUUAUCUUAUAUUGAAUAAAAUGAUUAAGAUAACAA